AGCCUAGCAGAGGAUCUUUGGAUGAAAAAUAUGAUGUAUAUCAAGUCAGCUUUGUCACUGUGUGCCCUGGUUACAUUAAUUAUUGCAGUCAAAGCACGGCCAAAACAGAAUGGCAUAGAGCAUGCAAUACAUCAAUAUUCAUAUGGCCAUGCAGAGAAAAUGGCUCUUCCCUCUCAUUGUGGCAUGAGGAAUUCUGGAGAUCGUCAAAAGCGGAUAGUGGGGGGAGAAGUUUCGCAACUUGGUGAAUGGCCAUGGCUGGUGAACAUGAGAUUGAACACAACUGUUUAUUGCCAAAAACUAGGGCAACAUUGCAACAGUUCACUCCCAUAUGAAUUUGUAUGUGGCGCCUCAUUGAUACAUCCACAAUGGGUUCUCACUGCAGGUCAUUGCAUAGUUAGUAAUGACACUAAACAUUGGAUGAUGAGACUCGGAGAACACAACAUGUUAGAUGACACAGCUCCACACGUUGACGUCCCAGUAGAGAGGAUCUAUAUAAAUCCGAUGUAUGAAAUUACGACAGACACUGUAUUGUCUGACAUAGCAUUGGUGAAGCUAAGUGAAUCAGCUACACUUAAUGAGAAUGUCAAUGUUGCAUGUUUGCCUGAUGAGGAAGAUCUGACCAAAAUACAACCAGGGAGGCACUGUAUGGUGGCAGGAUGGGGCCUAACAAAGGAUUAUGUGUAUAAUGGCAGCAUAUCUGAUGUGGUUAAACAUAUGAGAGUCCCAAUUGUCGACCCUGAGGUAUGUAACACUAGCAUACGUGGUGGACUACAUAACAUUACGAUAAGUGAGAGUGAAAUCUGUGUUCAUGCAGAAGAUACAAUUCUUGGACCAUGUCACGGAGAUUCAGGUAGUCCCAUGGUGUGCUAUGACGAGGAGGAUGAAACAUAUAUUCAGAUGGGGGUUGUGUCUAGGGGUGGCAUAUGCGGAGAGGAGCCUAGUGUGUUCACAAAGGUCAGUUCCUACAUUGACUGGAUAGAGGAUGUGGUGCAAGCUGAUGGCAUGUCUUAAAGCAUAGAAAUUGUCAUACAAAUGUAAAGAGAACAUGAAGAAGUA